CCACUCGUGGCAGGCUUCGAUUUUCAGUCCGGAGGAGGCCGGCUCGCCGACCGAUUCCAUUAAAACGGAGCUCGCCGAGGACCCCUGCGAAUCGCGAACUCGAGCCCCAAGAAUCUCGAUUAACUUUAAAAUUCGAGCCAGCCCCCUAAGAAAGUUCCCGGCGCUAAAAAAUAAUAGACCCGAAAUGCGAUCAACGUCGCCCGGCGUGAAGGAACGACGUGAAUCCAUCGAUCGCCGACGCGGAUCGCGCCCGGAAAUAAGUUAAUUAAUUAUAACGCAUUCCAAAGUAAAAUCGGGCUAUAUAAAAAAUUCAAAUAAAACAAACAUUGGAGGCUCCGGCUAUCCGAUUUACAAAAUCGGAGGACUCGACCGGGCGUUGACCCUGCUUUUUGGUUUCAUCCUCCGGACUGAUAAAUCCGUUUUUAAUUCCCGAAUAAUUAUUUAAUAAAUGGUGAGAUAAAUCUGGGUGGAGAUCCUCCUCGGUUGGAAGUACUGGGGCUGUUUCCUGGAUUCGAGGUUCGUGGAUGGACCCCUCUUCGUGGACUGAGGGGCUUUUUUGGCUUUGCGACACCUAGCACCCCAGGAAGUUCGAGAUGUUGAAUCAACGACGUGAUGAUUGCCUCGACCGCAAACUGGAAGACGGGGAGGCGAUCUUCGAGUCGCGAAUCGCUCGAUCGAGGACGCAGAAGAAGCCGGAGGAUUACAUAUUCGACCAAACGCAUUACCGCAGUCCAGUAUACGAGGAGGCUUUUAGGAGAUCGGUGGAAAAUCCGGAGGAAUUUUGGACGGAAGUCGCGGAAUGCGUGGAGUGGAGUAAACCGUGGACGAAGAUAAUGGACAACUCGAACGAGCCGUUCACAAAAUGGUACGUCGGCGCGGAAAUAAACGCAUGUCACAACGCAGUGGAUCGGCACGUAAACGCAGGAAACGGCGACAAGACUGCACUCAUUCACGACAGUCCACUAACGUCAUCGAUCCGAAAGGUCACGUACAAUGAACUAUUGGAAAAAACAUCCUUGCUGGCGGGGGCAUUAUCCGACUUGGGUGUAACCAAAGGAGACAAGGUCCUCAUCUACAUGCCUUUAAUACCGGAAACGGUAAUGGCCAUUCUCGCAACGGCGCGGCUCGGCGCAAUUCAUUCGGUGGUAUUUGGAGGCUUCGCGGCGAAGGAGCUGGCCACAAGGAUAGACCAUGCGGAGCCGAAAGUGAUCAUCGCUGCCAGCUGCGGCCUGGAACCGAAUAAAGUCAUUAAGUACACCACCAUGGUGAACGAGGCAAUGGGGAUGAUAUCGGCGCCGAAGCCGGCGUGCAUCGUUUAUCAGCGAAGAAACGUGUGGGAAUCUCCGUUAUCGGCGUCCCAAAUGGAUUGGGACGAGGUCCUAUCGAGAGCCAGGGCACAUCCUUGCGUGGCCGUCGAGGCCAACGAGCCCUUAUAUGUUUUAUACACAUCGGGAACAACAGAUCAGCCCAAAGGAAUUCAAAGACCCGUGGGUGGGCACAUCGCGACCCUCUGCUGGACCAUGAAGCAUGUAUACGGGAUGGAUAAGAAUUCCGUGUGGUGGGUCGCCUCCGACCUGGGAUGGGUAGUUGGACACUCGUACAUCUGCUAUGGGCCGCUUUUGUACGGGACGACCAGCGUGAUGUACGAGGGGAAGCCCGACAGAACGCCGGAUGCUGGUCAAUACUUCAGGAUUAUUAGCCAGCACAAGGUGAACGCGCUCUUCACCGUCCCCACCGCCUUCAGGGUGAUCCGGCGCGCCGACCCCGAGGGCCUCCUACGUAAGAAGUAUUCCACGAAGUCGUUGAAGGCGAUUUUCGUGGCGGGGGAGCACUGCGACUACGGGACCAAGGCGUGGGCCGAGAAUACCUUUCAGGUGCCGAUCCUUAAUCAUUGGUGGCAAACUGAAACGGGACACGCAAUUACUGCUACUUGCGUAGGCCUCGGGCAUAGUACGAAUCCACCGAAGUACAGCACGGGGAUGCCCGUUCCUGGGUACAUCGUUCGGAUACUAAGAGAGGAUGGCAGCAAGGCUUCGCCUUACGAGCUUGGAAGGGUAGCGGUGAAGCUGCCUCUACCUCCCGGCACCAUGUCUACGCUGUACCAGGCUCCUGAUAGAUUCAAAGCCAUCUACUUCUCAAAAUACCCCGGAUACUACGAUACGAUGGAUGCAGGAUAUAUCGACGAGUUCGGCUAUGUUUAUGUGACAGCACGUGACGACGACGUUAUAAACGUGGCAGGUCAUCGGCUGUCCACCUCUGCACUCGAAGAUGUUGUAUUAGGUCAUCCCGAUAUCGUGGAUGCCGCUGUCGUCGGUGUACCGGAGUACACCAAGGGAGAAAUACCCUUGUGCCUUUACGUCCUGAAAGAAGGUGUUACCAAGCACGAGCUGGAGAUAAAUCAGGAACUGAUAUCCAGGGUCAGGGAACUUAUAGGACCAAUAGCGUCGUUUAAAGUAGCCGCCGCAGUCAAAGGGUUACCUCGGACUCGAUCCGGGAAAACCUGCCGCAAAUCGAUUUCAGAUCUUGCCCGUUCUCGAGUUGUAAGAAUACCCAGCACUAUCGAGGACCCUCGAGUCUAUCGUGAGAUAAAGGAAGUGCUUCAAAAAUUGGGCUACGCUAAAAUGGCACCCGAUCCAGAAUGACCACCAGAGCACGUCGAUAUGUUCCGUCUUGUUCUCCCUAAUGUGCCUGUUAAUUACAACAAAAUAACUAAAAUUAAUGUCAGUAGUUAGAUACUAGUCUCUAGAACACUUCUUACUAACUGAUAGUAGUCACUGAAUUUUUGUUGGUCCUGUUAGCCGAUUCUUUGUUGGAGUAUCGAAGUUAGUAGAUUCUUAGGUGAAGUAUUUACAAGCGUGAAUUACAAUUCCAAGGGUAAAAACGUUUAUUUAGCAAAGAAAGACGUUUCUUUCCGCGUCGUUCAAUUUGCGCAAUCAAGUACAAGAAUUGUAUAAGUAUAGAACACUGUUUCGUUGUACCGUC